CAACCCUCUACAAUGUUUUCAUGGGUUAUUUGCCUAUCAAAGCACGGUCUCACUAUCAAAAAAAUAAUUUUAAAUCGUAAACAAACCCAAAAAUUUCAAUUAAAAUGCUCUCCAGGCGGAAGUGGACGCCAUCCGAGGAGGACAGAUUCAUCGACAUCUGGUUGCACAACCUGCAUCUUUUUGCAACCGGCAGGAAACUGACUUACAUCUACUCGGAGCUGGAACUGUACUAUCGGGAAGUUGGCCUGGAAAUCAACGCUCAAGGAAUCAAGUCCAAAAUGGAGACAUUAAAGCGAAAAUAUUACACUUUGUUGUACUCGGACAACGAAGACCAAUCAACUUCCUGGAAACACUUUGACACGAUGGCACUCAUAGUAGCCGGUUCUAACAAAGAGAGCAAGGAUACGGAAUGGAAGGACUAUACGCAGCCACCAAAAACCUCCCGCACCACUCGUUCCUCUGUUUAUAUGGACGAAGGCUCACAAACCCAGAGCGAAUACGAGGGAAAAUUUAACACUGUUUUUUUGGACGAAAGUUCGGUGCACCUUUUUAGCGACGAGGAAAACCCUAAGCCCAAGAGGGUAAGGCGAAGAUUUAGUAACAUCAGCAACGUUCGAGUAAAGUCUCGAAGAGUUUGGCGGUCGGAGGACGAAAGCCGAUUUGUUGAUGUCUGGGAAAAGUAUGCAGCUGAUUUACAAAGCGAUAGGACGAAAAUGGAUGUUUACAAGGAUAUGCAUCGUGACCUUCAGGAGCUUGGUAUUCAUAUAUCGCCAAACGAUAUAAAGUCCAAAACGGAAUCACUUACGCGCUCCUUCAGAACUCAUCAACAUACUGUGGGAGACAAAUCAGAGUGGAUUCAUUAUUCCAAAAUAUCUCGGAUCCUAAGUCCUAUAGAUUUCAGAAAGCUUCAAAAUUCUUCCGACAGCAGCAGUUCCGAAGAAGACUCAGAGUGGUUUAAGGAAAUGGAACCAAAAGAAACAGAUCCCGAGACCUGUAGCAAUCCCCCGAAUUCUACCGACUCUGUCGUCAAACAAAUCGACGUUAGUAUUGAGCCAGAAAUAUCUACCAAUCCCUCGAACUCGAACGACUCUGUUGUCAAUCAAUUCAACGGUAGUACUCGGCCCAGCUCUCCCGAAUCCAGCAUAGAAUUUUCCAUGGUUGAAUCUGAUCCGAGGCACUGCCAAGUGUCUAUUGAGAUUUUGGACCAAGAAGAAGCGAUCAAGCCGAUGGCAUCGCCGCCUUUGGAAAAACUUAAAGCGGCUGAAGAUUUCAGUAAAUUUGUAACAAAAGAGUUGGCCGUCUUGAAUGAUGAUUUGCUAAUUGAAGCUAAGCGCCAAAUAUACAAUAUUAUUUGUGGCCUUCAAAUUAAACAAAAUGAACUUAAUAAAAACUAGUAAUUGACCAAAUAAACAUAAAUGUUAUUUUCCAU